AUGCCAGGUCAGUCCAAAUCAGGUUUGUCAACCUUUACCAUAAUGCCAACCAUCAUACUCAGAAACUGAUUCAAGAUGACAGGCCACUCCAGCCCCAACACUGCAAAGCCAGCUGAUCCCAGCAUGGAUAGUGCAGAAACCACACCCUUCACGAAAGGCAAGAGAAAGAAACGAGAUUGGAUUACUCCUGGCACUCUUCGGAGUCAAUUGUAUCCUGGUGAACAACCCGAUUCUAAGAAGCAAAAGACAUCCUCUCUGUCAACACCAAUUACGGGUGCGAAAAGUCUCAGCGUCUCGCCAGGCAAGAUAACACAACCAAAAGAGCAAAAGGAAUUGCCUGAGGAAAACCAAUCCGGACAAGUAGAGUCACAAUCCACCUACCAUAGAGCGACCAAGCGCAAACGAACUAACACAGAAGUAAUCUACACCUCCGAUGAUGAGGGUCCAUCUUCCGUCAAGAGACCAAGAGUUACGCAGAAUCGAAGUUUGAGUCGUAAGAUCACCAACACGAAGAAUGAUAUUGGCAGACCUCGCCAACUCAAGCCGUUCGAUAAAUAUCACUGGGCGACAUUCGGAACUCCCCCACCUACGUUUCACCCAUUAUACUCGAACUUCCUGGGAUACGAGGAGAAAGAUGCAGAAUUUGCGAAGAUUUUCGACGAAGAACACAAUCCCUUAUUUCGAGCACCUACGCCGCCAGCCAUGUCAAAUACAGCAAUCAAACCAGGCGACGGCUUUCCACCUUUUCUGCAAACUACCCCUUGA